CGGCAAUUUUGUGUCUUAUUGGACCGUGGUGAGUUCUAUGGCCAUUGUACAUGAUUGUGUAGUAGCAUGACCAGUUCCUUUGCAGACAUAUGAAAGCAUAUUCAAGGACAAGUUUGGCCAUGCAAAAAUAUACACCAAAGGCCCGCACGCCAUCCCAUUGAUGAUGCCGCAGCCUGUCCACCCACGUGAGAGCUUUGACACCAUACUCUUUGGCAAUUGGGACUGUCAUGAAGAAGAUGGGAAGGUCGUCAUCACCAGACAACCGGGGACUAUUAAUAUGCCAGAUAACGCCGGACGUGUACCUUCAUUUUUGCAGACCUCCAGGGCACCGUCGGUCACGAAACCUUUGAGGCAGACACCAGAACAGUGGCCGAGUUCACUGUGCUUUGCUGGUCAACAGAAGCCAGUCACCGGUCCCUCGCUCUCGUCCAGCAAGGUCCAGCCAAGCAACACGUCGGCAGCAUUGCGGAAGUAGUCCAAUCAGGGAGACGGCAUCGCCUCCGGUCAUUCGCAUGGCCCACGGUGCGACACAAGCUGUCUGAGGUACUGGUGCUCUGACUCGAUGAACUCCCAGGCUGAGAUAGAUGGAAACACUUGCACGACAGCGUUAGCUAUCUCUCUUUCGUGCCGCUGCAGUUUUGGUGGAUAGAUUGUCUCGGAUCGAUCGAGGAUUGGACUCGGCGUACCGCCAUCAAGACGAUUUGGUCCAGUAUUGCAGCACAACUACAGGAUUAAGGGAGACACAGUUGUCGACGGACUCAUAGCAUGCGUACGAUGGAUCGAUGGGCCAGCCG